AUGGCACCAACCUUCUCGAUGCUCUUGUAUCGAAUGCUCGAGCAACUUCUAACACAGCUGGAAGCUCAGGAGGAUAUCUGCGGCCUACCGGCCUGGAUACACGAGAAGCGCUCGGAAUACGAGGUCGUCCUCGAGCCAUUCGACUCCCCUCUGAACCUUGGUGGAGUUGUAGGUAUAUUCUACUCGUGCGGUAGAUGUCGGAAGAAAAGACAGGAAGCAUACCGACUCGCGACGACUGGCAACAAGAGCGUUCCCGUUGGUCCGGAAUAUCAAGCGCCCGAGAUUCCCAAGCUCUGGUGUCAAUCGUUCGGAGGGUGGAAGCGUGGGCAUCCAGUCGAGCAGUCGAAAUGCGUUUGGAACCCGAAGCUGGCUGAGGCGAACGGCCUCACAACAGAUGACAUCGACGAGUUCCUGGAGAAGGCCGAGGACGUGUGGCCCACACAAGCCUUUGUUCACAUCGAGAGAGGAGCGCGGCGUGGCAGCAACGUCGAGGAAGAGAUAGAUAAUGGCUCGAGGCGUUCAAGGUGA